CAGCUGGCUUGAUGAUGUCACAGGCGGAGGAAGAGGAUCUCAUCGGAGCAGGAAGCGAAUGGCUGCACGACUCCAGAGAAACGCAACCAAGUCCCUUUCACGUUUCGGAAUUUUUGUCUAGCCAACAUGUAAUUAAAUAGACACCAGGGCUAAACGUUAGUGGGCAGGAAUGUAUCUUACAUUUGCGUAAACGCAUCGGAUGUCAGCUGUCGUACAGAUUUCUGUAACUUAGAAGCGGAGUAGCCAGCAGGCACACCAUAGUUUCCAAACAGAACCGAGGGGCCAAGAUGAAGGAGGUAAUGGGUUGUGGCAUGAGAUCGUCUGUGGGGUUCCUGUCCCGGAGAAACAUCACCGGGCACCAUCUAAUGAAGGAGGAAUUCCAGCGACGUAGGCUGGGUGGUUGCACCAGCCUGUUCAAAAAGGACCUGCUGGGCCAUUUUGGAUGCGUGAACGCUAUAGAGUUCUCAAACAAUGGAGGAGACUGGCUUGUGUCCGGUGGAGAUGACCGCAGGGUGCUGCUGUGGGACAUGGAGAAGUCCAUCCACUCCCGGGCCAAGCCGAUUAAACUGAAGGGAGAGCACCUGUCCAACAUCUUCUGCCUGGCGUUCGACAGCACCAACAAGAAGGUGUUCUCUGGAGGGAAUGAUGAGCAGGUGAUCCUCCACGAUGUGGAGAGGGGCGAGACCCUCAACGUGUUCCUCCACGACGACGCAGUGUACGGCUUGUCUGUCAGCCCCGUGAACGACAACGUGUUCGCCAGCUCCGCAGACGACGGCCGAGUCCUCAUCUGGGACACUCGAGAGCCCCCACACGGAGAACCCUUCUGUCUGGCAAGCUACACCUCAGCGUUCCACAGCGUGAUGUUCAACCCUGCGGAACCUCGGCUGCUGGCCACAGCCAACUCCAAAGAGGGAGUGGGGCUCUGGGAUAUCCGCAAGCCACGCAGUUCUCUGUUGCGGUAUGGCGGGAGCCUGUCUCUGCAGAGUGCCAUGAGUGUGCGCUUCAACAGCACGGGCACUCAGCUGCUGGCGCUGCGCAGGCGUCUGCCCCCGGUGCUGUACGAGCUGCACUCGCGCCUGCCCAGCGUCCAGUUCGACAACCAGGGCUACUUCAACUCCUGCACCAUGAAGAGCUGCUGCUUCGCCGGGGACAGAGACCAGUACAUCUUGUCUGGAUCUGAUGACUUCAACCUCUACAUGUGGAAAAUCCCUAAAGAGCCUGAAGCAGGAGGUCCAGGUCGUGUGGUGAACGGGGCCUUUAUGGUUCUCAAAGGUCAUCGCUCCAUUGUCAACCAGGUUCGCUUCAACCCUCACACCUACAUGAUCUGCUCCUCCGGGGUCGAGAAGGUCAUCAAGGCGUGGAGUCCGUACCAGCAGCCCGACAGUCUUGGGGACCUGGAGGGCCUCGUGGAGGACAAGUCUCGGAGCCUGUACACGCACGAGGAGUACAUCAGCCUGGUGCUGAACAGCGGCAGCGGCCUGUCGCACGACUACGUCAGCCAGUCCAUCCAGGAGGACCCGCGCAUGAUGGCCUUCUUCGACUCGCUGGUGCGCCGUGAAAUCGAGGGCUGGAGCUCUGACUCGGACAGCGACCUGAGCGAGGGCGCCAUCCUGCAGCUGCACGCUAGGGGGCGCCGUUCUACACGCUCUACUGCUGCUGCCUCUGCUGUAGCAGCAGCUGCUGCUGCUUCUACACCGAGUGCCGCUAGAGAGGUUGGUGUGAUGCACGCAGACCCCUCGUCAGGCAUUGUUGCUGUCGUUGCCAAUGACGACGGUCCCCCCAGCAACUCUGAGAACUCGUCCUCGUCAUCACUGGCUGGCCCAGAGCUGUCGGAGGAGGAGGAUGAGGAGGAUGAGGGGGAGCAGGCGGAGGUGGAAGUCGAGGGGCUCUCCCGCAGGCAGCGAGGGGUCCGACGGCGGCAGUCGGCCUUCAUGCUGGACCUGGUCAACGAAGACUCGGACUCGAGCGGCUUCUGGUUCAACCCGGUACCGCGGCCCCGCUCGCCCAGCCCCCCGCUGGACCGCUCCAGCCUCUCCAGCCAAUCGCGCUCGGCCUCAGAGUCAGACUCCUCUUCCUCCUCGUCGAGCCCUUCGUCCUCCUCCAGCAGCGAGGGCGAGGAGGAGGAGGAGCAGCAGCAGCGGCGCUCAAACACGCGGCAGUGCAACGCAGCGAGGAGGAGGGUCCGCAGUCGCAUGCACCUGCCCAGCCGCGACGCAGAGGACCGGCCGGCGACUGCGCAGGACCUUUGUUCCACGCUUGACCCCUGCAGCUACCCCAAGAUCACCAUUGAAGACGCCAGCUCCUCUUCCUCAUCCUCAGGCGGGACGGGUUGCGCCAACACCGAAAAGAAGCCCCGGGGACGCAAGAGCCGGCGCCACCACCGUCUCCGCGACGACGACAGCCCAGUCCAGACGCCGGGUAACCGUCCAGAGACGAGGCUCGGUGGACGGGUGUCAUCCAGGAGCCCCUCCCCUACGGACAGCGACCUACGGUGUGUGUCGCGAGCAGGAGAGAGGGAUGACAAGAAACGAGAGAGCGAGGGUGGAAAGAGAGAAAGAGCAGGUAAGAAGGAUUUCACUACAUCUCACGUGGACUUUUUGGGCUCACAAGAACCCACAAGGAAUUCCGAGGAUCCCCAUCAGAAUCUUCCCGGAAUUUCUGGCACAGCAGAAGAGCUAGACGAUGACCCAACAGACUCUAAGACCCGGGAAGCAACCGGAACAUCGAGGGUGAGCAAACGGACUCGCCAGGGUUCAGAACUUCGCCCUGAGGGAUCAUCACUAGGGUCAGCAGAGGGGUCAGAUGAGGGGGCACCCUCAGAAAAGAAGCUGAAGACAUAAGGGAGUCUCGGCUUCAUAUCAUUUCAGACUGGUUCUGUUUUUGUAAUUCUUAAGUGUUUUUUUUGGGGGGGGGGGGGGGGG